AUGGCCAGGGGUAAUCGAAGGAUCCCCGGGACCAGACGUCUUACCCGAGCCGCUGCGGCACAGCGACAGCGCCCCGAACCGGUAGCGCGGAGACCCGGGCGGCCGAUCGGCAUGGACACAGCACGUCUCGGUCAUUUAGUCACCAAUCGAAGCCCCAUCAUCGAGCUCGUCACGGUCCGCCCGUUCGAGGUCGGCGAACUUGGCGGAGACUUAUUGCCGCCGAGUCGCUCCGGCCUGUGUCAGCCGACACUGGUUUUAGGCGAGGCGGGAGGCUUGAGAGACAAAGAGGAUUUGUCGCGCCGCUGUGGAGGUCUGGUGCCUCGUGCACUGUGGAACGUGCAACUCGACCGACGACCGACGACCGACGACCGAAGAGAGAGGAUGAAUGACACCGGGAAGGGCGGGACGGGAAGUUACGGUAUCGAAUCAACACUCCUGUGUAUGGUAACUUUCGCGGCCCCCAUUGCAACGUGGCGCGACAGGGAACCCUGGCUGCCCUUCCUCCGACCGACGCGAUGGCCAAGAGCGGGAGCCUUGGAGGCGCGUCUUGGAUUUGGGGUCCAAUCACCCAGGCGAGACGGAAACCGAGAGACACAAUCGGAAGCCGGAGACAGCGCCAAAAUCCUCGAUCGCCCACUUCCAGUCCUGAGGGAGGUUCCCUUCACACAACAUGCUCUUGUCGAAUGA